GCCUAGAUGAUAAUGAAGGAAGUAGCAGCGAUACAGCUCCCCUUUUUCAAAUGGCGGGUGAUGGCAAGAAUACAGACGACAUCACUAUCCCCAUGCUGUUUCUCUUCAACAAGGAAGGAAAUAUUAUCCUUGAUGCCCUUCAGUCGUAUGAAAGUGUAGAAGUGCUGCUUUCAGAUAAAGCGAAAGACAGAGCAACUAUAUUUAAAGAUAAAACGAUUCCAAACUACAUUAUUGAUAGCAAUUUGGAAAUGGAAGCCGUGGAUCAGAUGUCAUCUGAUAAUGAUUCUCACAAUCAGAAAAUGGAAGAGAUUUCAGCAGAUUUGAACUUGGUCUCUCAAGAAUCUGAAGAAGAAGUUGGUACGAGCUCAUUUGCAGAAUCGGACAGCAAUAGUUUUUCUCAAACAAACCAAGAUUCUUGUACCCCUGAAUUCCAGCAAGCUAGCAGUAGCAGUCAAGCAGCAGAAGAGGAUAAUAAUCAUCCUGAGGAACAGUCAAAGAUUGAGACAGAUUCCAGUCCCAGUAAUAACUGGAGUAAUAAAGACCAAUCUAUGGAAUCGAUACUAGCUGAUUGGAAUGAAGACAUAGAAGCAUUUGAAAUGAUGGAAAAAGAUGAACUAUAACUUCAAAAUACUUUGCCUGGGAACUUACCAAGGAGAUAAUGGCCCUGAUAUCUGAAAUUCAAAAAGAAUUGUUCAGUAUUGUGACAAGUAGCCAGGUUUUUAUUGGCAAAAGCCAGCAUGUGUUAUAAUUUGAACUGUUUUUUUUGUUUUUUUGUUUACCUUGUUUUUAAAAAAUGGGAAUGUGCAAUCGACCCAUUUGCAGAGUUCCUUUGCAUGGUGCUGUAAUGCAGAAGGUUCAUUCAGGGAAUGAUAUGAAUUCUUCCUGUGUUCCAGAUUGUUGUGGGUUAGUUUAGCAUAAUCUUUGGGAGGCAAAGACAGUGGGAAUUCAUGCACCAGUGAGCCUGAAUGGCCAGCUGUAGCUUUUACAUCUUGGCCCAUAAAGGCCACGAAUGGCAGGUGUGACAAUGCUGUUUUUGAGGGUAAAUAUUGUAUCUCAAAGUCUUUUUGGAGACUUGGUGGGAAAUAGUUUGCCGUGCCUUUAGGAUGAAGGCGAAGCAGUGGGCAGCUGUGAUUGUUUUUGUGCCACUUAAUGUAGUAAGUGUGCUGUACCUCCUUAUCACUUCUUCCAUUUUAUCACUUCGGAGAAUGACCGAUUCACUUGGAUGUUAUUCUUUGUUCUUAAUUCAAGACAAGAUAGUUUAUAAACCAAAGGCAAUGUGUUCUGUUAACAAAAAAAUGAAGAAGAAAAACUGGAUAAUCCUUAAAAGUGGUUUAUGGAUAAUGGGACAAAAGCUCUCUACACUCCCAUCCCUUUGGUUUUGAAAUGUUGUGCAUUAAAUGGCAAGUUCAGAAUGAGCCAAACUUAGUAUCCUUCCCAAUCUCUGGAAAAGGUACGGAAUCAUCUUGCAUUAGGAUUUAAUUUAUUCUGCGUUUGUUUUUUUUAAAAUAAUUAAGUGGGCCUUACAUCAAAACCAUCCUGUUCUGUGCGUAUCUUAAAAUCUGUGUGUUUUAAACGUGGUCAGUAUCUCAACAAGAAAUAAGGCAUCCUUAGCAUAAUAGGAAGCCAAACAAAAAUUAGUAUCAUGUCUAGUUGAGGGGUAUGCAAAAUACGUUGAAUUUGAAAUCUUUCGACUUCAAAUUGGGGGGUGAACUCUGCUUAUUGGCACAGAUGCCUUCCUGAUCAGGGUCCACAGCAGGUAUUUUGUGUUUUUUCACUUCUGGAAAAGACCUGUUCAAACUUGGAACCGAGCAGUUUGAACUCAGCAUGUUUUGAGUUCAGAACAUUUGGCAUGUCGCUAGUAUAGAUUUUUUUUUCCAACUGUAGCAGAAAUAUUUCACAGCAAUCAUGUUUCACAGAUGUCUUAAGUUUAUAUUUAGUUUCCUUUUUUAAAAAAACCCAGUGUAGCAAACAAGGCAAAAAGACUGUCUAAUAUAGGUUUUUUUGUUUUCAUUUUUUUUUUACUUUUAGGAAGCGAAAAGUCAAA